AUGUGUAAUUUGAAAAAUCUCCAAACAUUAAGCGAUUUUGUGGUGGACAAACAAACUGCUCAAAGGAUUGGAGAGUUAAAAGAACUUCAGCAUUUGCGCGGAACACUUCUAAUCUUAGGAGUUGGUAAUGUUAAGGGGAAUGCUUUGGAGGCAGAUAUCAUGAGCAACAAGGAGUAUCUGGACCAACUUGUUUUGACAUGGGGACGAGGUUAUGAUGCUAGUAAUCAUGAUCCAGAAAAUGACAGAGAAGUGCUCAACAAGCUCCAACCGCAUACAAACCUCAAACAACUUGAGAUUAUGUCUUACGGGGGUUUAAGAUUUCCAGGUUGGUUAGGAGAUCCAUAUUUCUCUAAACUAUUUUCUAUUCAACUUACAGUUUGCAAACAUCGCUGCUUAUUGCCACCACUUAGGCAACUACCCUCCCUCAAACAGCUUCAUGUUCGAUGGAUGAAUAUUGUGGUUGAGAUUGGUAGCGGGUUUUACGGUAAUGAUACUUGUGGGAUUACUCCAUUUAGAUCUCUACAACAAUUGUUCUUCAUAGAUAUGUUGGAGUGCAAAAAGUGGUCCUAUUACGAUGGAAGCAAAGGCAACACCACAAUACUGUUUCCUAAUCUUCUUGAGCUUGUACUGAGCAGAUGUCCCAAGCUAACUGAGAUAGUACCGUUGGAGAAGCUGCCAAGGCUUGAAAGCGUACAAUUGUGGGACCUGGAAUCCUUCAAUGGUUCACUUGCACAUGUGGAAUCUGAAUGCUCUAAAUUCCUUUCCCAAGUUCACUUGGGAAUACACAACUACCCAAAUUUUGUAUGCUUUCCAGAUGGAGGGAUGCAUGCACCCAAAUUGGAGGAGCUGCAUAUCUCUCAAGGCAAGAAAUUGAGGUCGUUGCCAGAACAAAUGCAUACCCUUCUACCGUCUCUUCAGAAAUUGGAAGUGUUCAGUGGUCCAAAAGUGGAAUCUAUUCCUCAUGGAGGGUUGCCGUCAAAUUUACAAAACCUUCGUCUUGACUGUUGUGGAGAAGAAAUGGGAUGUUCGUUUCCGGAUGAGGGGCUGCUGCCCACCGCUCUCACUCAUCUCACCAUCCGCAAUCUUCCGAAUCUUACAACCAUCCAAGGCAAGGUGCUUGCUAGAAGAAUACCUUCCCACGUCUCUUUCUCGACUGAAAAUCUGGAGGUGUCCGCUGCUAGAAGAAGGAUUCCGGAGAGAGACGGGAAGAUUAGCCCAAGAUUGAUCACAUCCCCAGCGUGA